AUGCAGACCGAUCAAUGGAGCACGGCACACUUCACAGGGACCAAGAUCAAUAAGGUGCGAUGGUUGCCGCGCUAUGACCAGAUCGGUCGUGCUUCAUUCUUCGCCACCGGAACCUGGGAGGAAGAGGUGAACAAAGUCACACUGUGGCAGCUCAACUUGCCCGAAGGAGACGACAAGGGUGCAGACGCUCCGUUUGAGUGCUACGAGUCCACCCACCAUGGAGGUGUCACAGAUCUCAAGGCGGUCGAAGCGAACAACCAGGUCUAUGUCCUCACUACGUCGACCAAGGGAUCCUACUCGCUCUAUCAAGUGCCGCAGGACCUCUUUACUGGUGAUGUGGACGAAGGCCAAGUAGCGUCCCUCCCGCGGGAGUUGCUCGCCUCCAACCUUCACACGUCGGCCGCCACUGCCAUUGAUUACUCGCCCGAGUUGCAAGAGGUGGUGACGGUGGGCGAGGACGGAACGAUCAACAACCUCCAGCUGACCGCGACCAAGCCUCACGUCUCAUUUGUGCGAGCCGAAAGCUGUGCCUUCACUUCGGUGCAGUACAUGACACAGACGACCAUUCUCACGACGGCAAGCAACAACACGCUCAAGAUAUGGGAUCUUCGCGCCAAGAGCGUCUUCAAACAGUUGAAAGACACGGCCAAGGAAGGGAUCAUCACCAGCGCCACACGCCAUCCGUUCCAAAUCCACCGUUUGACCACGGCGUACAGCAACGGCUCGAUCGCGAUGUGGGACCUGCGCCAGAACGCUCCGUUCAUGCAUCUGGACAAGCACACCAGCCACGUGUGGGAGGUCCAACACCAUGCCACAGCACCCGACAACCUGUUCACCUGCUCCGAAGACGGCUUCCUUUUCCACUGGGAUGUGAAGGCCAUUCAGCAGGUCAGCGGACGAGGAGCGAGCCAGUUGGUGGCCAACGAUGAGGUGAUCGAGGAAGUGGGCAACAGCAGGCGCGUGGUGGUCACCGACAAGCUGGGCAUCAACUCCUUCCACGUCAAUCCGGAGACCAACGUGCUCGUGAGCGCCGGCGACACCCACUCCCUCCAGUUCCGAUCGUCUGUCGUACUUCAGUACUAG